GUCCAUUUUAGACAUAAAAAGAAAAAAGGAAAAAUGUGACUAUUUAUAUUUUAAUGAUAGAUUUUCGGUCAGAUUUUCUCACAAGAAACCAGUAACCUGCCCCUAACCCUUGCAACGACAUGAACAAUAACGACAAUACACACAGUGAUCCCAUCUUGGACUGGAUAUUACAGCCCGAUACUAAUGAGGAUACCAGCAAACCCAUUUCUACCGAAUUACUAAGUUUUCUAAUGACUCAGAAUGGAAACCUCGAUCUGACUCAGCAACAAUCUCAACAACAACAGCAACAGCAACAACAGGUGUCUCCUGAAACUACAGCCGCUUCACAUCUCACAAGUUCACCUUCUGAAGAAGACGAAGAACCAACUCAUGAGCAACUAAAAAUGAUGCCUUCAAAGGAAAGAAGACAGUUGAGAAACAAAAUAUCUGCAAGAAAUUUCAGAAACAGAAGAAAAGAAUAUAUGAACACUUUGGAAGCUGAAAUGGGUCAGUGUAAAGCAGAAAACAGUCAGCUAAAACUUGAGGUUAAAUGGGUUAGAGAAAUGAUGGAAAAGCUACAGGCAGAAAAUGACAAACUUCGUUUGCAAUUAGUUCUAUGUAAAGAGGGAAUUCAACCUCCACGAAAAGCUACCGAGAAUAAUGUAACUGUAUCUCCCGAAACACCUUCGAAUUCAUUGUCAUUAUUUAACAGUAGUGACGAUAACUGGAAUAUUCUAUAUCCACCUGUGGUUACCAACACUAACACAAACAACGUAUAUCUGGCACAUGCCUCUCUUCCAGAUUGGGACAUGUCGAAUAUUUACGAGAAAAAGGAUCUUUGCCUGCCAAUACCAACUGAAAAAUUAGACCUUAUCCGUACAUAUCCUUUACUGGCACCGGCAUUAAUGUCUAUCGUACUAAACCACACAAUGACAAUGACCACUGAAGAAAUUAUAGCGAACUCAACAUUAUAUGACCCCACCUGGGCAACUCCAUCAUCAACAAAGGAAAAGUGUGAAGUGUUUGACCCCAUUGCUUGGCAAAAGGUUUUAGACUCGUUGCAAAAGCCCACUGUUGUCCCAUCUGAAUCCACCAAUGUUCCCAAAGAACAGACCUCACAAGUCUCUUAUUUCGUUGAAAACUAUUGUCCAUUAUAUUGGAUUCAAAAGCAAUUUUGCAAUUUUGUUAUUUCCUAUGUCGUCGUUCGAUACCCUCGUUUAGACACAAAGUGCAGGACUUAUCUACCUAUUUGUGAAAGGUACAGAAAAAAACGAAUCACCCAAUUAGUUUAAUAUGUGUGUACCACAUAAUCCCUGUUUUUUUAUUCUCUAAACUUGUGUUACUUAUUAUAACUGGUCUCAAUAAAGUUUUGCUAAUAUGCGAGUUUUCAUUAUUCAUCCACUUUGAUCAAACCACAAGGUAGCACACACAGAUACCAAAAUGGUAUGCACUUAGACAGCAAGUUUUUUUUUUUUUUUUUUUGUGGCAAAACAAGAUCUUCCAUCUAGAAGGAUAUAUAUUCG